AUGGAGCCAGCCCCAUUUGAAUAUAUGGCCAACUCUGUCCUGUUGGAGAAGAGUUUUAGUGACCAAUACGAGACCUAUGAGAUCAUUAGAGGUGGCAGCUACGGUGUGGUGGUGAAGGCCUAUCACCGCCUCUUAGAGAGAGUGGUGGCUGUGAAAAUGCUAGAGAAGGAAGGGAACCUGAGCUUGGUGGAAAACGAGAUGGACAUUGUCAAAAAUAUCCACCUCCCCCAUGUGAUCAGGAUGUACCAGGUGAUCCAGGGAGAGAGAUAUGUCCACCUGGUGCUGGAAAUGGCCACCAAUGGAGACCUCCUGUCCUGGCUCACAGAAUUACGCCGCUCCCUCUAUGAGGACGAAGCCAGGAGAAUCACACACCGUGACCUGAAGCCCGACAGCAUCCUUCUGGAUGAAAAGGGCAAUGCCAAGGUCGGGGACCUGGGGCUCAGUGUCAGGAUUGCCCCGGGGCAGUUGCUCACAGAGAAGUGUGGCGCCUUCAUAUUCCGUGCCCCUGAGCUGUACCUGCAGGAGGAAUAUGAUGGGUUCAAGGUGGACCUCUGGGGCCUGGGCACCAUCUUGUUCUUCAUGGUGACGGGGAAAUUCCCCUUUAAAAUGACCACAUACCAGAAGCUAAGUGCCCAGAUUGUAAAUGGCCUGUACGAGAUCCCAUUUUACCUCACCUCAAAAGGACUUAGCAUCCUAUUAAAGCUCUUAACCGUAGACCCCAAACAGAGGCCCGAUAUCCAGCAGAUUAUGGCACACCCCUGGUUUGACCGGGUGGAGGAGGGCUCCCUGUAUCCCCAUGAGCCACUGCCUGAUGACUUAGACCCCACCAUUACCACCGUCAUGUGCAUCAUGGGCUACCCCGAGCCUCAGAUCCGCCAGUCGGUCCUGCAGAGGGCUUUCGACGAAGUCAUGGCCAUCUACUGUAUGAUCAAAGAUGGUCUCAAGGGGGAGAUGGUCAGCCCGGUGAAAAUCCAACCUGUGCCACUCUGCCCCACCCACACCAACCUCUGUGCCUUCCCCCCGCAGAGGAGAGCCAGUUUGCCCGCCCAGCUCCAUUCUUUGCUCUUACCCUCUGAGCGGACCCCAACCUGCAUGGAGCCCCAGCUGGAGAGAGGCAAGAGCAGCUCCCUGCCCCCCCUGGCCCUGCUGCCUAGCACCAGCUCCGGCACCACCAGUACCCCCUCCCAGCCCGAUCCGGUGGGCGCCCCCGACUGCUGCAGCUGCCUCCCAACGAGGGAGGGCCUCGAGCAGCAGACCCCCAAGGAAACACCCGAACUCCAGCCACAGGCAGAUCCCCAGGUGGAGAACAGGGCCCCCGGCGGGGUGAAGAGCGAGAGUCAGGGCUGCAAGGGGCCGGGAAUAGAGCCCAGGAGGUAUGCCUGGUAUGGAAGUGAAGAGCUGUCAGAGGAGGCCAUCCAGUUAGCACGCCGCCACCACCACGUGGUGUUCCAGGCCAGCUCCCCCAAGAUCCCAGGCUGCUGUUGCUUUAGGCGCCAGGGUAAAAAAUCCCAGACUGUGCUGCUGUCUGCGGUGCCAAGGACAGAGCAGGGACUGAAAGACCCCAAAGUCACUGAGAGCCUCUAG